AUGCCUGAAAUAUUUACUGAACCACUUGACUCAGUGAUCCCUGACGACUUGACGCUAACCCAGUUCUUCCUUGACUCCCACCACCCACGUAGGCCGGUCCGAACCGAUGCGCCAUGGUUAAUUGAGGACGAGACUGGGAGGCGCAUUGGAUAUGAGGAGCGAUUCUUACUAGGCGCCUGCCCAUUUGGCAACUUGAAGAUCCGUGCACGAACCUUUGGAUUUGCAAACGGGCUUGCGUUGCGCUAUAGUAUUAAAGAAGAAGACGUCGUCCUUAUCUUUAGUCCUAAUCAUGUUGAUUAUCCACCUGCAAUAUGGGCCACGCACCGACUGGGUGGAAUUGUUUCCGGCGCAAAUCCGACAUAUACAGCAGAAGAACUCUUACAUCAGAUCCAGGCUGUGAAAGCAACGCUGAUAAUUGCACAUCCGUCCUCCCUCCAUACGGCCCUCGAUGCUGCACGCGCAGCCCACAUACCUUCUGAUAGAGUUCUCACUUUCGGCCAAUCGACUCAGCCAACUGUAGAGAGUAUCAUCCAGCUUGGACUCAGUAACGAAGCUGCCUUUGUCGAGCGAAGAUUGAAGAAGGGCGAGGGCAAGACCAAGAUCGCAUUUUUAAACUUUUCUAGCGGUACAACAGGUAAACCUAAGGCGGUAGCCAUUGCGCAUUAUGCACCCAUCGUCAACGUCAUCCAAAUAGCCCAAUACACAAAAGUCAACGAAACCUAUACUCCUUGGGAGGAGCAGCGGUUCAGACCAGGUGAUAUAGCCGCUGGAGUGCUUCCCUUCUUCCAUAUAUAUGGCCUUGUAUUCUCCGUUUAUGCGGUGCCAUUUUUUGGAAUGUCGCUGGUGGUCACCCCAAAAUUCAACUUCACAGAUUUCUUAAGGAGCAUAGAGAGGCACCAUAUCACUCACCUGACACUCGUUCCGCCUCAAAUUGUAUUGCUUUGCAAGCAUCCGGCAGUCAAUAACUAUGACCUAAGUGCCAUUCGAUUCUUGAUCUCCGGAGCUGCACCUCUUUCAGCUGAGUUGGUGAACCAGCUCAUGAAAGUAAUACCCAAUGCCCAAAUCGGCCAAGGUUAUGGGCUGACCGAAUCUUCUACAUCGCUCACAAUGUUCUCGGUGGAUGAGAAAAUAGGCAUCCCAGGUGGCGCUGGACGGUUUCUCCCAGGUAUAGUUGCCCGAGUAGUCAGGCCUGAUGGUUCUCUGGCUGGCUUCGAUGAACCAGGCGAAUUGAGAGUGAAGACGCCUUCCUUGGCAUUGGGAUAUUGGAAUGAUGAAAAAGCAACAAAUGAGACAUUUGUUGAAGGAUGGCUUUGUACCGGAGACGAAGUUAUUAUACGUGAAGACAAGGAAGUUUUCAUCGUCGAUCGAUUGAAGGAAAUUAUGAAAGUCAAAGGAUUCCAAGUAGCUCCUGCCGAGCUAGAAGGUUGUAUUCUAGAUCACCGUGAUGUGGCAGACACGUGUGUCGUGCCCAUUCCGGACGACUACAGCGGAGAAGUUCCGUUGGCGUUCGUCGUGCUUCGUGCGUCUGCUGCGAAUCGUAUGGGCAAAGACUCCCGUGAAGUAGACAAAGUAAAGGCAUCCAUAAUGAAGCACGUCGCAGAUAACAAGGUCGCAUAUAAGCACCUAGCGGGAGGCGUGGAAUUCAUAGAUGUUAUACCAAAGAAUCCGAGCGGAAAGCUACUACGACGGGUGCUUCGUGAUCGAGCUCGGCAAUUGAAGGCAAGAGAGCUCAAGGCCAAGCUAUGA